AUGACAACAAAUAAUACAUCUCAUUAUCAUAAUAUUAGUCAUAAUAUUGAUGAUGAUGAUGAAAAUAAUAGAGAUUUUUUAAAUGAGACAAAUGCAAAUGAUAUUGAACAUUCAACUCAAUUAAUUAUUCGUGAAAAACAUAAGGAGCAUAAUGAAGUGGCUGACGCUCUCAUGGAUUUAUUACAAUCAUCCAUAUCAACGAUUGAUCAAACGGGUAUUGUGACAGAACAUGAUCGACCUUAUGCAGAUUAUGGUCAUCUUAAUAUUGAAGCAGUCACUGAAGAAUGGCAAUUUAAUGUUGAUAUUUAUAAGGAAUCGAAUAUGAAUAUUACUAAAUAA